GAAAAAGGAAAAAAACACAGAAGGGGUUGGAGAGAAACGGAUCAGGGGCGGAAGGUUCCAGCCCUAGCACAGCAAUGGCGGGUUGGUGCGAGGAGGCGGUGGCGUUGCUGCAGCGCCCCGCGGCGGCGGAGAUGGCCGUCGACGUGCUGCUCUGCGCGGUGCCGAUCUGGGCCGCUGUCAUGAUCGGCCUCGUCGUCGGCUGGUCCUGGCGCCCGCGCUGGACGGGGCUGCUCUUCCUCGGCCUCCGCACCCGCCUCCGCAUCAUCUGGCUGCCGCCCGGCCUCGGGGCCCGGCGGCUCUGGUUCGCCUGCACUGCGCUCUCCGCCUGCUCCGUCGCGCCCAGGCUCCUCUCCUCCGCAUUCCGCCGCUGCAGAGGUAAGCAACAGGACAAGGCCUCCCCUGAGGAUACUGCUGCUGUGGCUCGGGACGGCGGAGGUUGCGCCGAUGGCAGGACAAAUUUUGAGGGUGAACAUGAUACUGUCACUGAGAAGGACCUAGAACUUCUCCUUCAACUUUUAGAUAAUAAGGAAAGCGGGGAUACAGCUUGGCAGAAUUUGAUGGAGCGUACAACCUCCAACAUGACCUACAAGGCCUGGCGGCGUGAGCCUGAGGAGGGACCUAUAAUGUACUGCAGCCGCACUAUUUUUGAGGAUGCUACACCUGAACUGGUUAGAGAUUUCUUCUGGGAUGGUGAUUUUCGUCUAAAGUGGGAUCCCAUGCUUGCAUACUCCAAAUCUUUGGAUGAGUUCCCUCAGAAUGGAGCAACAAUUGUCCACUGGAUAAAAAAGUUCCCAUUCUUUUGCAGUGACCGUGAAUACAUCUUUGGAGGACGCAUAUGGGAAUCUGGGAAGACUUACUAUUGUGUUACAAAGGGUGUUCCAUAUCCAUCAUUGCCCAAGAAAGAAAAACCAAGGCGUGUGGAGUUGUACUUCUCAAGUUGGCGUAUUAGAGCUGUUCAAUCGCCUAAACAUGUGGGUCAGCAAUCUGCGUGCGAAGUAACUUUGGUUCACUAUGAGGACAUGGGCAUACCAAAAGAUGUAGCCAGGGUUGCUGUUCGCCACGGCAUGUGGGGUGCUGUGAAGAAACUUCAGUCUGGGUUCAGAGCGUACCAGCAAAUGAGAGACACAGAAAAUACCCUGUCACACAGCGCCAUUAUGGCUCGAAUGACCACCAGGGUAUCCAUCACGGCUUCGAAUGGUGGCUUAGACCAUGACCUCUCCAUCGCCGAUAAAAUCAGUGGCGAGAAUGACAGCUCCCAUGCAGUUCAGCAUGGUUUUGACUGGAAGUGGGUGGUUUUUGGUGGUGCGGUGGCUGCGGUUUGUGUGCUCAACACCGGACUGGUAGGCAAGGUCCUGUUGCUUGGAGCAGCGAGACGGCAGGCAAAGAAGUGAUGUGAGGAGCAACCUUCCAGCCUCUGCAGAAAGGCAUUCGUCAGGCUGUAGCUACAACCGUACAGGCAAAAAGUAUUGAGGAAAUAGGUGGGGUUCGACAGAUAUAAUUGCAAUGUGUAAUUUUGGAUUGUGCACUUGUGCAGUAGAUGUAGCAUGCUUGCUACCAUAACAGAUUCCGCUGUAUCAGGAAUCGCUGGCUAAUACUCCGUAUAUCUGAAGAUCUAAGAGGUCACUGCAUGUUUGCAGCUUUCUAUGUUCGAUAUACGUAUAACGGCACUGCAUGUUAUAAGAGAAAUCCAUUCUCUGACACUGAACAGCCUUUUAACAUUUCUUUC